ACUUAAUUUUGGUGAAUUAUUAAACGACUGAGAUAAAUCGAAUUUUAUUCAGUGUUUUACGAAGUUAAGGUGAAAUAUAACCCAUUUAGUUAAAUGAAAUGAAGUGUGCAGUUUUCCUACAAUCUUCAAUUUGAUAUUUGAAAAUUAUCUCUCUCAGUUCUAGUUUCUAUUUUUAGUUGCCAUUUUCCAAAUAAUUUGCAUGUUCUGACAGUGGUUUGAAUUGGGUUGAUAACGGAAAUCCGUGAGAACAAUUUCCACAUUUUUUUCACAGGACCUCCCUCACUCUGAUGAAAGUUCAAGGUCAAUGGACUUUAAGUUGCAGCAUUGAUGGACUGUUAGGAUCUCCUCUUAUCAAGACCGAGUCAGAAUAUGCUGAAAAUACACAAAGGCUUGCACAAAAAGAAGAAGAAAGGAAAGAAGAGUAAGAAAGACGAGGAGGAAUUCGACAAAGAGGAGCUCGAGAAAUACAGACGCGAGCACCAAGGAGAGGCAAGCCAGACCGCGAAUCAAGCUGUAAGUGGAUCCGACGAGUGGAGGAAUUUCACGUUACUCACAUCGGGCGUCGAUGAAAUCCUAAAGAAAACUCAGGACGACUUAACUCGUAUCAAAGAGAGCAGUUUCUUCCAGAGAAAGCCAGCGGGUGUCGUCGACCUCACCAAAGACCCUGCGGAACUCGCUGCCGAAGAAGAGAGGAAGCGACAAGAAGCAGAGGCAGAAGAGCACGAAAAGGAUAAGCUAGAACUCCCCGAGGGUGUCGUUGAAGUAUCAGAUGUUGAGGACGACGCUGAGGGUGAGAGUGACCCGGAGGAUAUCUUCGACACUGCCUACGUAGACGUCGCAGUAGCAGGAGACCUAAAGCUCGCGUAUAUCCCUGACAGUCCUGUCGAAGAACUAAAACCAGGAGAGCCAGACCCGUUUGAUACAUCCAUCGUUGAUAAAGUCCUUCCGAAAGAACUAGCGAAGAAAGCCGUCUUCAACCUAGGAUCCGCUGUUGACGUUCUUGCCGGGAAAGCAGACCCACAAACAGCGGUACACCUCAGUGAAGAGGAGAGAAGGAAACACCGUAGACGAAUUGUAAAGCCAGUCAAUCUCUUACUAGAGAGUUUCGAUACCGAGGAUACUGCACCGGUAGUUGAGGAGACAGUUCCUCAGAAGACUCUACUAGACGACGAUCCUUUGUUCGAUGGUGACGUAGAAGUAGUCACACCUAUCGUAGAGGCUUUAAAACCGAUUGGAGCUGACGGCGAAAAACCAACCGAACCGAAGGUAAAACCCGAGGAUCUCGUUUUAGAGUUACUGAACGAAUUAGAUCCUGUAAGUGACGUACCCGUAGAAAAUAACUUAACGUUCCCGCUCCAACCAGAGGAAGAAGAAGAGCUCGAAGAUGAAUUCGCUGCGUUAGCCGCCGAGAGAAAAGAACGGAAGAGCUCCUUUGAGGAAGUCCUUGGCGACGAUCCUUUCGACACUACAUUCGUUGCGAAUUUAAUUCCCGGAAAAGCCGAGCUAAAAUUAAUCGAGAGUGAGAUACUCAACGCUCAGAUAGACGAUCGAGACGUCGUCAACAACAAGAAGCUCAUAUUCGACGGCAAUAAUUUACAAUUCUCUAACAUUAAAAUUAAAAUAAACGCAAACUCUGUCUCAUCGAUAGAAGACGUUGAGAAUCUCGAUCAUUCAGAAGUAUCGCGACCGUUGAGCUUCCAGCACCGCGACUUACUCGGUGGCAGCACAACUGACCUAUCGAAAAUCGGCCACGAUCCUCUAGAGCCGAAAGCGAACAGUGGCGUCGAAGAGAUAACUUACACAGAUCCGUUUGACGUCUCUGCGGUCGAGCAGCUCACAGCACCGGGCAAGGCUGAGUUGAAAGUUAUCGAGAAAGAGCUUUUGGAAUCGAAAUCGGAUCCCAUCUCACAAUUAGACGACGACGAUUUUGAUCCGAGAGCGGAGGAGAGCACGAAACCGGAUCUCAAAAGACCGGACCAACUGUUCACAGCCACCAAACGGGCAUCAGUUCCUAAAAUCGUAGCAUUCAAAGUAGAGUCGCCGACAAAUAAGUUAGAUUUAUUGACAGCUGUUGAUCAGGAGGAAGAGUCGAAGGUCAAUAAACCGCUCACUCCUUACUACCCGGACCCGAAAGAUCUCGAAGAGAGGAAAAGUUUCGAGUCUGAUAUCGUCGAUCCGUUUGACACAUCUCACGUGGCGAAUGUGCCUGGCAAAUGUGAGAUAAAGUUGUUGGAGGAGGAACUUAAGAUACACGAAACUUUUACUGAUAAUAAUUUCAACCCUAGAGAAGUAGAGUCAGCGCCACAAGUCAAAGUCGCGCCUCCAACGAGCUUGCCCAUCAAACCAGAACCACCUGCUGAUAUCCUAACAGCGGACGAGCAUAUUGAUAUCAAACUUCACACGCCAGUGGCUCCGCAGAAACCAAUAGCAGUCGAAGAGAAUAAUAGCACCGCCCGGGAUCCUUUUGAUACGUCAAUAGCUGAGAACAUUCUGCCCGGAAAAGCGGAGAUAAAGUUAUUGGAGAACGAGCUACUAGCGGACUCAGGCCCGAAAACUCAGAAAUUGACAAGGAGUUACACGGAUGAAGAUUUUGACCCUAGAGAUAAGGUAGAAGCGGUUAUAAAGACUGUAUUGGAGCAAAAUAAACCUGUCGUUGACUUCAACGCUGUAAUAUCAGAAUCUCACCCCGACGUUGAUCACAAACCCUUGACCCCAAUCGUAGCUGACUCCAUAGACGAGUGCCCUAAUUUUGACGACCCAUUCGAUACUUCCAAUAUUGAUAUAGGCCCCACAAAGACUGAGAUCAAAUUGAUCGAAUCAGAAUUGUUUAAAUCUUAGUUAUAUUCGUAUAGACUCUUUGUAUUAAAACUCAUUCAAGAUGGCCUCUGCCUUUAAUCCAUUUUUGGCCCCGGCAGAUGAAGCCAUGGCGCCAACCACCACAUCCGGCUUCAAUCCAUUUUUAUCCGACGUUGACUUCACUUCAGCCGCAAGCACUACGGGCGAGAACCCUUUCCUCUCGUCCUACACGCCGUCGAAUGCGAGCACAAACCCUUUCGCAUUCACAGACGAUACCAGCUCCAGUGAUGCUGCUGCUGCCAACUUUUUUACCACAGUUAACGAAGAACACCCUCCCGGUGAUGCGAACUUCUUUUCGCAAGAAGUAACAUCCAAUAACAUUUUUAGUGAUGUUCAAGUCCCGGACACUCAAGCUCCCGUGACGACCGUGGUCGAAAGUGUGACUGACGUUGAUUUCUUCGGUGGCCAAGACGACCUCCUCUCAUCGCAGGACUCGCAUUUGGUCGACCUACAAAUAAGCAAUGACCUAUCACCACCCUUCGGGACCCCUAAGAGGCCACCUCCUCCAAGGCCUCCUCCCUCUAAAGAAACGAAGGACUUGAUCCUCAACGUCACUGGGGCUAUGGAGGCCACCUCUUCCGAUUUACUUGACCGAUUGCAGGCCAACAGAACUCCCAGCCCCACGCCUCUUCGAGACCUACACUCACCGAGUCCCACCCCAGACGCACAAGUACAAAACCUGCUUGGCGAUGAUAUCAAUCAGCCAAACUUCUUCGACACCUCACAGCCAGGUUUCACAGAGGCAAAGUCUCAAAACCUCCUCGAUGACACCGACCUCAUGUCCCAGCCGACGGAUCUAUUCUCCCAGCCUCAACCAGUUCCAGUUUCCAUGCACUCAGAUCUACUAGGGAGUGAGCCACCGGUUCCUGAGGUAACCCCCGCUCAACCCUCUAACAUAAUAGAACAAUCAGCUCAACUAGGUUCCGCUCCUCCGAAACCGAAGCCUCCAAAA